CUAGUUGGAUGGCUGCUGAUGACCAUGGUUACGAACAGUGUGAUCUAUCUUUCUGUGACGACUCAUUUGUGCUUUGGGUCAGUACCACAGCUAGUUCACUGAAUUUGAAGUGCGGGAUCCACCCAUUUUGGGCACUAUUGUUCAUGAUGGCCUGUGCUGUCUCGGAUGGUUUCUUGUUUCCCAUUCACUGGGCAGCAUCGGCAAGCUCCGGGGUAAGGCAGCAAAACGGACAGGUCAACUUUUACCUCCCCCUGGGGAAUGCAGACCUGCAGGCUGCAGUCAGCGCGGCGCAAGUGAAUGAAUGAAUGAGUGGAAU